AUGACGCCGAAACAGCCAGUAGAAGAAAAGAACGGAUUACAUAACGAGUCCCACACGUGGCAGCUCGAUAUGUCUCAGCCAAUUGGACGUGUUGUUCAGGAGCCCAUCCGCCUCUAUGGCAAUGGCGUCGCCGCGACCGACAUAGAGCCCGAUAUGGAGCAACUAGCUGCAAUGGCAGUGAAAAAGGUGGAGGUGCAUAAAGCCAGAAAGAGCUUUAUUACUAGGAUUGGAGAUGUCAUGCUUGGUAAAAACUUUGACAACAAGUCAAUCAGAACCAGGAUCGACGACGCAUCCCGUGCCGCUUUUGGUUCCCCCGCACCGUCUCAAGAAGCCAUACAUGCCGAAAAUGCAAGUCUCGACAUCACCCUGAGAGAGGUUAAAGCCAUACAAGACCUCCUUAGGAAGUGCGGGAGAAGUACGGAGGGGGGUAUCGCCGACGGACUUGAGCCGGCAAUAGCAGCAGCACAGCACCUAAAGGGCAUAUUCAAAGACAAGAAGUUCGGCCCAACGCACAAGAGCGACUUCGAUUUGUUUGACGCUCGGUUCAGAACGGAAGUAGAAGAUAAAGUGGCCGACUGGAAAGAGUUGCUGACACAAGGCAGUCAAGGCAAUUCGGCCUAUGCCGCCUACACCAGAAGCAUGAAGGACGCUGACUUCGACACGAAACUCAAAGAAAUCUUCCUUGAACACCUAAAAGGUGGUCUAACAAACGAGAUGGUCCGGGGAUUUCAUGUCGAAAAGGUGAACGAGGAAACCCUCAAAGACCAUUCGCAUGAAUCCAUUUCACUUCUGGGCUUUGUGGAGAUGGUCGCACGAAUUAUAGCCCAAUCGUGUGACACUUUGGAUGCAUUGGCUAGGGAGAUAAAAACCGAACUGGCGGGCAGCUUGUCCGCCGGCUAUCCAUCUGUAUUGUUCAUUUGCAGUGGUAAGAAGCCUGCGGAUCCGUUUGCCAUCGCAUCAUCGAAAGAUAUGCACAAGCCGUCGAAAUUGCUCGAUCAGAUGGUCGAGCGUUUCCGCACAACAGAGCGGCAAAAGCACCUGCCCCUCAAACAUGACGAAGACGCGGUAAAGAUGUCGGAGAAGGCCCACGUUCUUUUCGUCGAAGCCGAGGCAGAAGUCGCCGCGAAAAUGAGCAGCGACGCGUACAAAAGCCUGAGCGACGAGAAAAAGGGGGACGAAAAGGAGAGCGUGAGGACGGCCAAGCUGAAAAGCUUCCACGACGCGCACGCACGCUCCAUCUUCAACCGCCACUGCGAGACCGGGCUCGCGCUCAGCGUCCCGGGCUUCACGCCGCUGGCGCGUUGCCCGCGCUGCAUGUUCGUGUCCAACUACGGCGCAACCGCCGAAGGCGCGCGGGAAGAGAAGGCCAAUCUGCGCAAGGACAAGUGGGGGAAGUGGAACGAGGGCAUGGCUUGUGCAGAGACCAUCGUGCCUUUCUACUGUGGCCGCGGGGGCCAUGGUGGCGCCGUUGCCACUUGA